ACCAACAGCUCACACGACCUUUUUAUUUAAAACGAUCUUGAGAUCCAGACGCAGAUCCACCUCGAUCUAUUGUCCGUCUCCAACUUUGCAGGAACAAUGGUCUUCUUCUACUCCCUCCUAGCUCUGGCCUCAAUAUCGGCAAUCACAAAUGCCUACAGCAUCCCAUCCCCAAGCAACUGGCCUCGCGAAGGAGAGUAUAAAUCAACAGCGACCCUGCCUCUAAACGAGAUCGCCAACAUCGGCGAAAAGCCCAUCCCAACACCCACCGCCUCACCAAAAUACAUCCUCCUCGGUCUCGGCUACCAAAACUACACCUGCGACGCAUCAAAAACCUGGGUCCAAACCACUCCUUCCGCGGGAGCAGUAGCAGAUCUCUACGACAUCACUCACCUCCUUACAACCCAAACAAAAAACACCCUCUCCACCUCAUCCCUCAAAUCCUUCGAACGCUGCCUCGAAGCAACCCGCUGCACACCAAACCCCAGCAACAACUACUGCACUCAAUGCCGCGAACUCUGCGCCGCAGAAUUCAAUCGCAAAUCCGCUGGCCACCACUUCUUCGACCAAGUAAACGGGACCCAGACCCCGAAUUUCGACAUCAGCAACUUCGGCGACUUCCUCUCAGGCAAGAAACUCGGCUCUGCGGAUGCGCCUGAAAACGCUUAUGAGGGGUCGAAUGGACUUGGGGCUGUGGAUUGGUUGUAUUUGGGGGAUAAUGGGAGUGGGAGGACGCAUGGUGUCGGGUCUGUGUAUCGUGUUGAAACGGCGGGGGGUGUUGCGCCUGAGGUGUGUGGUGGGGAGGGAUUUCAGUUGCAGGUGCCUUAUGCGGCGGAGUAUUGGUUUUAUGAGUGAUACCGGCGGGGGGAUGUGAGUCUGAUGCAUUUUGCAAGCGAGAUACCCAUACAUACCUACAGCUUGAUCGGGUUUGGCGAGGUUCUUUGAUUGAUGCAUGCAUAAUACAUAUAUCGACAGUACAUACAAGAAGCAGUGAAGUGUUGAUAGACAGGUGAUCAUUACUAGUCGAA